AUGAUAUUGGUCGCGAAAGCCUACGUGUUUGGUAUCGUGACACGAUAGAAAAUGCCUUCUGAGUUGUGUGUGUGUGGUUGGCGAUGGAUGGGCGUGGCUCCCUUGACUUCACGAGGGAGGGAGCUGAACUGUGUUCCCAAAUAGGCACGUACACACCUUGGCCCACAAGCCACGCGCAUGAGCCUCUCGCCUACCCAUGCCAUACACGCAGCCAAUGGAUCCGUUGGAUCGGGGUUAGGGACAUAAGUCGCACGCGAGAGGAGGGGGCAUUGGAGGAGGAUAAAUCCACUGGUCGUGGCAAAGUAGUGAGAGUGGUGACUGGAGGGCUCCCUGGAGGCUGGCACCUCGAGCUCUUGGUGCAGGAACAGGAUCUUCUUCGGCUGGAAGCUGCGCAGGCUGCAGGUCCAUGGCUAGAGGGCAAGCGCGCUCGGCGAGACGCUCGUCCCCGUGAAGAGAAUGUCCCAGAAAUCCUGGAUUGAACAAAAUUUCAGCAGGAGAGAAUGCUGUUACAUCAUCCCCAGCUCCAAAGAUCCGCACAGAUGUCUUCCAGGAUGUCAGAUUUGUCAGCAGCUUAUCAGGUGCUGCUGUGGGAGGCUGGUGGGCCAGCACGAAGGCCCGGCGCCAGGCCUCUCACCGGCGUCGUCGCGAGCGGGGCUCACCAUGGGCGUGGGCGAGUCCGGCGCCGACCCGCAGGGCAGCUGGAACGUGGAGCGGCACACGCGCUGCUCCCCCACGGACGCGUACGGCAUCAUCGAGUUCCAGGGCGGAGCGCACACCUACCGCUCCAAGUACGCGCGCGUCUCCUACGACAGCCGCCCCGACCUGUUGCUGCAGCUCAUGGUGAAGGAGUGGCAGAUGGAGCUGCCCCGGCUGCUCAUCUCAGUCCACGGAGGCCUGCAGAACUUCGAGCUGCACCCCAAACUCAAGCAGGUCUUCAGCAAAGGCCUCAUCAAAGCCGCCCUCACCACCGGCGCCUGGAUCUUCACCGGAGGGGUCAAUACCGGUGUGGUGAACCACGUCGGUAAUGCGCUGAAGGAGCACGCGUCGCGCUCCAGCCACAAGAUCUGCACCAUUGGCAUCGCGCCCUGGGGGGUCAUCGAGAACCGGGGCGACCUCGUCGGACAGGAUGUGGUGUCGCCGUACCAGACGCUGUCGAACCCCCUGAGCAAGCUGAACCUGCUCAACAGCCUGCACUCGCACUUCAUCCUGGUGGACGAUGGCACGGUGGGGAAGUACGGCGCCGAGGCGCAGCUGCGGCGCGAGCUGGAGAAGCACAUUGGCCUGCAGAAGAUCCACACACGCAUGGGCCAGGGUGUGCCGGUCGUGGGCCUGGUGGCCGAGGGCGGCCCCAACGUGAUCGUAACGGUGCUGGAGUACCUGCUGGAGGAGCCGCCCGUGCCGGUGGUGGUCUGCGAAGGCACGGGCCGUGCGGCCGACAUCCUCGCCUUCCUGCACAAGAACACCGAUGACACCGGGGAGCUGUGCGACGGGCUGCACGACGAGAUUGUAGGCACUAUCAAGAAGACGUUCAACUUCAGCCACGGCCAGGCCACGCACCUGCUACAGACGCUGCUCGAGUGCAUGCGGCGCAAGGAGCUGAUCACAGUUUUCCACACGGGCUCCGAGGACCACUCCGAUGUUGACUUGGCGAUCCUGACAGCGCUGCUGAAAGGUACGAACUUCUCAAGUGCGGACCAGCUGAACCUCGCCCUGGCCUGGGACCGUGUGGACAUUGCCAAGAAUCAUGUGUUUGUCUACGGCCAGCACUGGAUGGUGGGCGCGUUGGAGAAGGCCAUGCUGGACGCGCUGGUGAUGGACCGCGUGGACUUCGUCAAGUUGCUCAUCGAGAACGGCGUCAGCAUGCACAAGUUCCUGACCAUCACGCGGCUCGAGGAGCUCUACAACACGAAAAAUGGACCAAUAAACCCCACCCUGUACUACCUGGUACGAGACGUCAAAAAGAGCCACCUCCCGCCCGAUUACAAGAUCACGCUGAUCGACGUGGGGCUGGUGAUCGAGUUCCUGAUGGGUGGCGCGUUUCGGAGUAUGUACACGCGCAAGCGCUUCCGGCUGCUCUACCAAAACCUCUACGGGCAGCACCGGAAGUUCAAGACGAGCACGAGCUCGGCCAUGCUGCAGACCAACACCUCGCAGAUCUUCAACCACCGGCACCAGCUCUUCAACCCCAACCUCUCGGAGCAGGAGUCUCAGACGCGGCACAACCAUUUCCUCAAGACGGCGCAGCCCUACAAGCGCAAGGCGUCCGUGGACAACACGCGGCAGCGCAAGCAGAAGAUGAGCACGGCGUCGGGCGUGGGCGUGACGCUGGACGGCAGCGACCCCGAGUGCAGCUGCUUCGCCUACCCCUUCAACGAGCUGCUCGCCUGGGCCGUGCUCAUGAAGCGCCAGCGCAUGGCCAUGUUCUUCUGGCAGCACGGCGAGGAGUCGUUGGCCAAGGCGCUGGUGGCCUGCAAGCUGUACCGCUCGCUGGCGGGCGAGGCCAAGCAAAGCGAGGCCGUGGAGGACUCGUCGGAGGAGCUCAAGCAGUACUCGACAGAGUUUGGCCAGCUGGCGCUGGACUUGCUGGACCAGUCGUUCCGGCAGGAUGAGCGCAUGGCUAUGAAGCUGCUGACCUACGAGCUGCGCAACUGGAGCAACUUCACUUGCCUCAAGCUGGCCGUGUCGUCGCGCCACCGCCCCUUCGUCGCGCACACCUGCACGCAAAUGCUGCUCGCCGACAUGUGGAUGGGCCGACUCAACAUGCGCAAGAACUCCUGGUUCAAGGUGAUUCUGAGCAUCCUGAUGCCACCCUCCAUUCUGAUGCUGGAGUACAAGAGCAAGGCGGAGAUGUCUCACAUCCCGCAGUCGGAGGAGCUGCACCAGAUGGGGCAGGAGGAGCGGGAGCACCGUGCCGCCGCCACGCGCGACAUUCCCAUGGAAGUGUUCAGCAACGGCAGCGCGGCAGACGGCGGAGAAUCCGGCCACAAGGAGGAGGAGGGCAUCUGGAUCCGGCCGUCAGGACUCUCGCUCAGCCGCCGCAUCUACGAGUUCUACCACGCCCCCAUCGUCAAGUUCUGGUUCAACACGCUGGCGUACAUCGGCUUCCUGAUGCUCUUCACCUACGUGGUGCUCGUCAAGCUGCAGCAGCUGCCGUCCGUGCAGGAGUGGUUCGUCAUCCUCUACCUCUUCAUGUCGGCCAUCGAGCGCGUGCGGGAGAUUUUCAUGUCGGAGCCGGGCAAGUUUGGUCAGAAGAUCAAGGUGUGGCUGGACGGCUACUGGAACAUCAACGACUCGCUGGGCAUCCUGCUCUUCUUCGUUGCCGUCGCCCUGCGCUCCCAAUCGCACCUCCUCAUCGAGGCUAAGAUCGUGUACUCGCUGGACGUCAUCUUCUGGUACGUCCGGCUGCUCGACGUCUUCGCCGUCAACCAGAACGUGGGGCCGUACAUCAUGAUGAUUGGCAAGAUGAUGGCAAAUAUGUUCUCCAUCGUGAUCAUCAUGGCCAUCGUGCUGCUGAGUUUUGGCGUGGCGCGACAGGCCAUCCUCUUCAAGGAGGCCGACCCCUCCUGGUAUCUCGCCCGCAACAUCGUCUUCCAGCCCUACUGGAUGAUUUUCGGGGAGGUGUAUGCGCCCGAGAUCGACGCGUGCGAGAACAUCAUGAAGAACAGCACGGACGAUGAGUAUCCCCCGUGCACCGCGGGGGUCUUCAUCACUCCCUUCUUGCAAGCCGUCUACCUCUUCGUGCAGUACAUCAUCAUGGUCAACCUCCUCAUCGCAUUUUUCAAUAACAUCUACCUGGAGGCCAAGAACAUCUCAGACAAGCUGUGGAAGUUUCACCGCUACCACUUCACCAUGUACUACCACCAGAAGCCCAUCCUGCCGCCGCCGCUCAUCUUGCUCAGCUACCUCUCGCUGUUCGCCUCGCAGCUCUGCCGCCGCUGCAAGCGCAACCCCGCCAAGCGCAAGGACAAGCAGAGCUGGCUAAAGCUGUACCUGACGGAGGAGGACGAAAAGAAGCUGCACGAAUUCGAGGAGCACUGCGUGGACCUCUACUUCCACGGCAAGCAAGACACCCUGCACUGCAGCAGCGAGGAGAGGAUCCGCGUCACCAGCGAGAGGGUGGAGGGCAUGUCCCUCCAGCUGCGCGAGGUGAGCGAGCGCGUCUAUUGUAUCAAGCAGAGCCUGCAUAGCCUGGACACGCAGCUCGGCCACCUGCAGGACCUGUCAGCCCUCACCGUGGACACGUUACGCGUCCUCUCGGCCCUGGACCGCGACACGGACCCCGCCAUCUCCCGCCAGGCCCCCCACAGCAUUGGGGCGCAUUCGAACCGGCAGCUUACGCCCCCCGGCCAUCCCGCCAGCGCCAGGGCCGACAGCCGUCCCCACUUCCACUCCAGCUCUCCGCCGGCAUUCUGGUACAGCGGCGUGCAAGGCCGCCGCUCCGUGCGGGGCUCUGACUUCACGCCAGGGGGAUCCAAGGGGCCGGCGGCGGGGGAGACGGCGGCCGAGUGGGUCAGGACGGGCGCCCGUCGGAAGGACUCCGUGGGGCGCAGGGAGGAGCUGAGGGACAUUAGGAUGGAGCUGGGCAUCGAGUCCGGGGACGGAGGCAGCGGGAGGGCGUCGCUGGCCGACCAGGAUUUCUUCCAGCGGUUCUCGUCUCUGAGGAGGCGCGGCCCGGCCAGGUUCGGCUGGCAGCGCUCGCUGUCUCACGAGAAGGACACCCCAUCAGGUACGCUGGCUUGCAACGCUUUGCCGCUGAUACUAACUCCCCGUCAGCUGUCCCCGUUCUCAUCCCUGCCUUCCAGCCAGCCUGCGUACCCCAGUAGCCUUACCGCUAGCAAACACCGGCAGCUGUCCUUGCCCCUGCCCAGCGUGUCUCAGCAGGCCCAGCCGGGCGGCGGCUUGGCCUCCCCGCGUAGUAACGUGUCAUCCAUGCCUAGCUUCAUGAGCAGCAGCACGGCCCCGCUAAUGCGGGAGCAGCAGCUGUCGGCCACCAAUUCCAUCCCCCAGCAGGGGAAAGCGACGAGCAAGAGCAACCGCAGCGAACGCUGGAAGUUUUCGUCCUUCUUCGGCCGCCGGACCCAGGGUAAGUUCCUCCCGUGGGACAACUCCCCCGGGAGCCUGGGAUCCGUGCAGAUUCACCGCAGCGAAGACAGCGAGGACCCCCCGGGGGGCUACGUGAACCGCGCAUUUUCACGGCCCGAGGGGGACGAAGUGUGCGGGUGCGGCCGCAGCAAGGCGCCCUGGCCGGUGAUCACAGCGGGGCCGGCCGUGAACGUCUACAAGACGGAAGGCCUGCUCGUCGAGGUGAAGAACCGUCUCACGCUGGCGGCCGCCAGCCAAGGCUCGCAGGCGUCCGACGAGAGCCCACGGGAGCGGACGGGGGCGGGGACGGUGCCCGGGGGCGGCCUCCAGCGGCCGGAGCGGCUGAGGAGUCCGACUGAGCAAGGGGAGGCCGUGAAGAUGCACACGUUGGCGCUGCCAGUCGAACAUGGGGCAGGGAUGAAUAAUGAACACUCGAGGUCGAGAAAGGCCAAAGGUCCGGCCGCCGACUCGAGGAGGGUGAGCCUGCAGAGGCAGGCCAGGUUCGAGGAGUGCGUCGAUGUCACAGACGUCAAGCCCGCCGAGGCGCAGGAGGCGACCGGUGGUGAUGAGACGGGGCCUGGGCUCGAGAAUCCCGCUGCCGCGGCGUCGGGCGCCGGGACGGAGCGGCAGGCCGGAGCGGCACCUCCGCCAGCGUCGGCAACGCCAUCGAGCCUGAGCCCCGACCUGAUGGGCACCCAUUCUGGCCCGUUCACCUUUUUAAAGGAGAACUCCCGCGUGCCUCUCUUGCAGGAGUGGCAGGACGACUCGGAGGCGGCGACCAGACCACAGGCGGAGGGGCCAGUGACCGGACUAAGUGCCUCCAAAGCAGCGAUUUGCGAGAGCCUGCAGAGCGGCAUGCAGUCGGUGUCGCGUGAGCUCAGCCGCCCCCGCAAGUUGGAAGGCAUCGUCUCCCCAUACAAGUCGUCACUGGACAGCAGCUACUCGGCAAUGGAAAGGAACAACUUGAUGAGGCUUGCUCAGACCAUCCCCUUUGCGCCGAUUCAGCACAGAGGCGACCUGGUGACGGUGUACCGGCUGGAGGAGAGCUCCCCGGGCAACAUGAGCAACAGCAUGUCCUCCUGGUCCCAGCGUGGCAGCAGCUCGCGCCUCGAGUUCCUCUCCACCGAGGAGAUGGGGGGCGGCCUGCGCAAGGCCAUGAAGGUGCUGUGCACGUGGGCGGAGGAGGGAGGCAUCCUGCGGCAGGGCCAGAUCUACAUCCUGAAGUCCUUCCUGCCGGACGUCGUGAAGACGUGGCAGGCCGUCUACCGCGAGGACACCAUUCUGCACCUUUGUCUUAGGGAGAUCCAGCAGCAGCGAGCCGCGCAGAAGCUCCUCUUCACUUUCAACAUGAUGAAGCCGAAGUCGAUCCCGUAUUCGCCCAGGUUCCUGGAGGUGUUUUUGCUGUACUGCCACGCGGCGGGCCAGUGGUUCGCCAUCGAGGAGUUUGUGAACGGCGAGUUCCGCAAGUUCAACAACAACACGGGUGAAGAGGGCCAGGCGGCCAACCUGCUGGAGGAGAGCCUGCUCGCCUUCUCGCACUGGACGUACGAGUACACCCGCGGCGAGCUGCUCGUCCUCGAUCUGCAGGGUGUGGGGGAGAUUUUGACUGACCCUUCUGUAAUCAAGGCUGGAGAGAAGAGGUCCCAUGACAUGGUGUUUGGACCGGCGAACCUUGGCGAGGACGCCAUCAAGAACUUCCGCGUCAAACACCCCUGCAACUCGUGUUGUCGGAAGCUCAAGCUGCCCGAUCUGAAGCGCAACGAAUAUACUCCGUCCAACAUUGGCGUCUCCCAGGCAGCCUCCUCUGACGCGUGAAGACGGGCGACGUGGACUACGCAGGGAGGCGCGUGGGCCGACGAUGUGCGAACGUCGAGUCUGCUUGCAGGCGACGCCGCGUCUCGUGUUGAAAGUGUUCUCGUUUGGUCACUUUGUUCUGGGUUCGGCGCACGAUUCCACGGUGCUACCGGCGGUAAAGGUACCCGCAGCGAGGGCUCCAGCAGCUGCACAAGCUCGAGCCGGCGCUGCGGUAGCGAGGAAGGUGGAAUCGUAAGGGAGCAAAAUAGCAGCAAUAAAUCGGGACGAGGGGUUUGCGGCGGGGUAGGGGCAACUGGGAGAAACCAUCCACUGUAGAUAGAGCGCCGCCCUCCUUGUUCUAGCCGCCCCGCGCGUCACGGGCACUUGCACGAACUUCCAUAUGGUACGUAACAGAGGUACAUUCAUUGCGACGGUACAUUCCUGGCGGCGCUUUCACUCACUGGCCAGUCUCCGCCAUUGUCUCGCCCGCAAGUUAUAACGCAAUUCGAGUGUGUGACGACAAAGACGUGUAUUUAUAUUUUUGAAUCGUGCGUGUCGCCGUGUGAAGUACUCUGCAUGUCGCAAUCACAGGUUUCCUCGAGUGCGGUUGUGCUUAAUCAUGUGAACCAAAUUGAAAGGGCUCCCGUGCAGUUGGAGUCAUCCCAGCUGCUGGGCACGGGGCUCCACUGCUUUUAUCGUGGCGAGAAGCGAGGCACAAAAUUGAGUCCCGACGCGAGAGGGGUCGUUAAAAAUGCUGCCUUCGGAUUGUGUCGGUGGGACUGGUUCGGAGCCACCGCUGGCAGGGUUUCAGUUAACCGGAUGUAUUGGCAUGUGUUCUGCUCGCGUACGAGAAUGUGCUGCGCACAUCUCUCCGGCACGUUUUUUUUUAUCGCCGCGUGACGUACAGCGUCUCGCGGAGUCGCUCUCCACUGACAGUCCCGCGCACUUGCUCUGCGUCACUUGGAUCCUCUUGCGCCGAGCCCGAGCAUCCAGUGCCGUUCGCAACGCCUCCCCCCCCCUUGCUCGCGGAGAGCAAAUCGCGCCCUUGCGACCUCGAUACCGAGCGCGCUGUCCGUUUGCACAAGUGACUUUAUUUUUGUAGCUUUGUUCUUCGUAUUUAUGCGGGAGUUGCCACCGAUUGGCAAAGGUGUCGACGCACCCAACGGUCCGCCCUAUUUCGAUUGCGAGAGGGACGUGUUGCUAAUACUUGACGACAGAUCCCACUUGUCCAGACAAAACUCAAGCUGCUAACCUGAAGCGGAACCACCACGCUACAACACGACGGUGUUUAUGAACAAAUAUAUUUUUUAAAGUAACUGGUGUAAUGUCCUUAAUGUAAAUGUCCACACUGCUGCCCGUAUGUCUCUAGUUUCUUUUAUGAAAGGAACAGAUGCAAUGAAUCUGCCGAUUUGCUUAUCAGGAGGCAGUUGGCACUUCCCAAAUCAAUGGUAUCUUCAAUUAUGUACACGGAAGGAAGCAUUUGUGAAGGUGCUUGAGUAAAUGAUUUUUUGUAGUUUGUCUCGUCUCGGACUUCAAAGGGCUUUGGGUACUUGUACGCAGGUGUAUUUUAUGUUUAAUCCAAAGAUUAUGAUUUUUUGCCAGCACGGCACUCGGCUUCCAAUUCGUUAGCCAGACCCGGGCCCCUCCUCCACGAGGCGACGCACUGCGUCACGCGGUCACGAGCGAUAGCUGUACAUGUAUCAACCCCUCCAAAAUAAUGAAUAUGCAAGAUUUUAUUAUUUUAUAAAUCAAAUAAAAUCUAUUAUGAAUA